GACAAAUCUAACUGCAUAAAUCAUAUCUGUUUUUAGAUUAGAAAAUUUAUUUGAUCAAGAUGAAAAUGGAAUAUGACGAAGAAGAGGAUGAUGUAAUUUGCCCGGACUCAAAAUCCUACAAUAGUUCAACAAAUUCCCUUGUGCAGCCACUGUUGUCUUCUGAUAGCCAAUCAAAUUGCAGUGUGAAGAUACCUCUUACAGCAAGUUUGUUUGAACGUAACACAAAACUUGCAAAAAUAUGUGUAAUGAUAACUGUUGUUUUGGAGCGUGCAUCUUAUUAUGGCCUACUGGGUAAUCUAGCUUUAUUUGCAAACGUUUACAUGGAUUAUGAAGUGGGAGAGAGUUUAGAGUUAGUGCUGGGAUUUUCUGGAUUUACUUGGAUUUCAUGUUUUGUCGGCGGAGUUCUUGGUGAUGUUGUACUUGGUAGAUUUAAAACAAUUAUUUCUGGACUAUUUUUGUACAUCAUUGGCUUUGUGAGUUUGCCAUUGUUGGCUCAUUUUGCAAAACUGCAUCAAGAUAAAUUUCAAAAUGAUGUUGGUAGAAGUGCAGGUUUUGUUGCUUGGACUCUAUUCUCGUUAGUCAUAAUAUCUUUGGGUGAGGGUUGUUUUAAAUCAAAUAUGUCGCCCUUUGGUGCUGACCAACUUCACAAAGCUCAAGACUCUGAGAUGCGAUCUUUUUUUAACUAUUUUUACUGGGCUAUUAAUAUUGGUUCUUUUAUUGGAUAUUCCUUGUUGACAUGGCUGCAGCUAAAUGAAGGUUUUGUAUGUGGUUACUCUAUUCCCACCUGUUUGCUUGCACUUGGUAUAAUUAUUUUUUGCAUACCACAAAGAAAGAACUACCAUGUGAUAGAACCAAAUCACAGUAUGUUGAAGAAAGUUUUAAAUGUUUGCUUAAAUUCAUGGAAAAAGCCCAGUUCGGAAUUAACAACCACUUAUGAGUCUGUCAACCCUAGAAAACACUGGCUUGAUAGAGCAAAAAUUAAAUAUGGUGGAAAGUUUUCAGAUUCUGAUGUGGAGGAAGUGAAGAUAUUGUUUUCUAUCUUGCCUGUGUUUGGAUUUACCAUAAUCUAUUGUACCUGCUACUACCAGAUAUCUGCAACAUUCCUUCUUCAAGGACUUCACAUGAGGUUUAUUCAUUUCUCCACUGUUUAUUCAGUUCCCGCUUCAUGGUUCUCUCUCUUCAACAUUAUUAUCGUCCUCAUAUUCGUACCGAUCAUUGACCGUUGUUUUUAUCCGUUUUUGGAAAGGUUCGAAUUUCGAACACCGUUUCUAGUGCGCAUGUCUAUAGGGAUGUUAUUGGCAAGCGUAUCUAUGGUGAGUGCCGGUACGGUCGAAUAUUUUCGUUUGCAAACGAGCAAUACCACGUUUAAUCAUAUGUAUGGCAACAAAACCAUAGAGGCGACAAACAUGACUAUUUGGUAUCAAAUUCCGCAGUAUGGUUUGAUGGGAAUAUCAGAAAUUUUCGUCCUUAUAACAGGCUUGGAAUUCGCUUACUGCCAAUCACCGCCAUCUAUGCAGAGCUUCGUCACUUGUCUCUUCUUCAUAGCAAAUGGCUUGGGGGCAUUGAUGGGCUCGGCUCUAGUUGCUAUUGGAAACAAUGCCGGUUUAGGAAUCCUUGAGGGGGGAGAUACGAAGGGCGGAAAUACACUGCAGCUAAAAGGACAUUUGCAUUAUUUUUUCUUUUUCUUGGCAGCGUUAAACCUUCUAAAUUGGAUUGCUUUUGCUAUUUUCGGCAUACGAAGAGCGAAGAAGAAAAAGAGGAAGGAGUUCGAACGAACUGUCGCUGCAUUUGUGCAAGGAAGUCUGGAAGCUAGUUUAAAAACAAACGCGCCGUAGCAAGGAGGACGAAUUAUGCAUGUUAAAAAUGUAGAUAAAUAAGUUAUAAGCUUUUACGUUGCUAAUUUAUUAGAAUUCGAAGAGUAACAAGGUAAUUUGUUGAUUUUUUCACGUUUU